AUGUCGACCAGAAAUGUCCCUUUCCAACAAACGAACACCAGUCAUUCAUCUAGCCCUACAGAGGACGAGGGUAUCGAGUACGGGGAGAUCUACGGAGUAGAGUACGAGCUGGUUGAAGAGGAAACCCCAGGAGAGGUCCGCCUGGUCCAGUUCGACUAUCCGCCGCCCUCCCCACCUCCCCUGCGCAGGGAUGACGAAAUCUUGGUCUCCACGACCCCUCCGAAGAGCAGCCCUGUCAGGGAAGCGGCGCCGCCGGUAAACAGAGCUCCAUCGCCCCCAAAAGAAAACGACUACGGCGUCAUCUUCGACUAUCCGAAACUCGUUACUAUCACGAACGUUCCCAGUGACCGUGUCCCUCCACCGUCACCUCCCGAAAAGACCGCGACCACCGCGGAAGCGGAGCCUGUUGUUAGAAGUGCGGCGCCUUCCUUCAACAGUGCACCGCCACCACACCUUGCUGACUAUCCCAGGCUGAACGCGAAGAGCGCACCCAGCACCCACGCACCUCCACCUCCCCCUUCCUCCAUCACCAACUCAUCCAAACGAUCCACCCCUGAGAGUUACAUCUCUGAGGAUUUCCCGCCAAUGAUGAUGGAGUCAGCUGAGUACAACGCCUUGGUGGCGGGCACACCCUCCCCAGCCCAGUACAGCCCUGUCGUGGCCCUGCCCAGCGGUCAGAAGAAGAAGCUGGGAGUCAGUCAGGAGGUCUACAAGUCCCUCAACUCACUGUCGGACCUGAGGAAGAAUAACGGCAAGGACCGCCGGCGCCGGAACACAGACUCACCUCCUGUUAUUGUGGACCAGGUCUACGGCAGGCCCAUUAAGGUCCUGCCGACCACCAUGGACCACAUCACGCCGGAGACGGAGCGGCAGAUGAAGCAGGCGGCCCAGCGCAUCGCGAAGAGCGAGCGGCUGCUGCAGGUGAUGAAGCAGCUGUCUGACCGCACCCUCAGCCACGCCUGCCAGUGUGAGAAACUGGAGGACCCGGCGGACAAGGACCUGGCAGAGCUGGUGCAGACUGGCACCACCGUGCGGCCAGAAUUUGACCAAAACCUACCGGACGACAACACAACCAAGUUUCAAGCAAAGCUGUUCAGGUCAGGGGUCACAUAA